AUGGCAGGAGAUGGAAAACAGGCGGGGGAUGCCGCCUUCCCGCUGUGUAGACGGAGGCUGCCGUCGAAAGCAUGCUAUGGCCAGCCGGAAUUGAUACUAUGCCGAUCCGUGGCUGCAGUUGACGUCGCUGAGGAGAACUACAUCGCGGGAACCAGUGGGGUGGAGCUCUGGGUCGAGAGAAAUACGCUCUGCCGCCCUCGUCCCUCCACAAACAGACUCCCAGAGCCCCUUGUUGCGCGGCGAGUUCGUAUCGCGAGCUACUCCGACAUCUUUCUUAUCGCACCGGGUAACACGACAGGGAACUUGUUGCGGUGCCAGUUGCGGAUGUCCCUGCGACGGCCGUGCUCCGCAGGCUCUCUGGAGGGCAGCGUGGCCCAUGCGCAGUCGCCAGACCGCACACGCGCCGAACCAGGCUCAGAUUUCUGCUACUCGCAUAAUCAGCCCCAAAAGUUCGCUAUCUCUGUUUCGUCUUUGCACGACGAUGACUAA